UGCGUUCUUGUAUGUGCGUAAAAAAAAAUAUACAUCAUUGUUCUAAUUAUAAUUUUUAACAACAAUUGACAUGUUUAAAAAUUCAAGUGUUCGAUCAAUGUGUUGAUAACUAUUUUCAAUACAAGCUAACUGUCAUAAAAUCAAAUGAAUUUGUUAAAAAUGCACAACAAUUGACGCAAAAAGUGAAAUAUAAUUUAAUUCCACCCUUGUUAGAGCCGGUGAUACUGCAGUAUAUAAUAAUAAAUUAAUAAUAAUAACAUCAACAAUUAAAUAAUAAUAGUGUCUAUAAAAAAUAUAUAUUUUCAAUUUUUAAUAAUUCAUUUGAAAAAUGUUACUAAGUAGUAUAAAAACAAGUCAUAGUCAUAAACAUAGUGAAAAAGAUGAUAAUAUUAAAAAGAAACAAAUACAUUAUUUUGAUAAAUGGAAUGAUGAAGAUUGGAAUAUGCCAAUUGCAUUCAACAAGCAACGACAUAUUGCCAAUAUUGAGGGUAUUAAUUGUUUAACACAAUCAUGGAGAAUGAAAGAACGAAUGAAAACAGUUAGUGUUGCUCUUGUACUUUGUCUCAAUGUUGGUGUUGAUCCACCAGAUAUUGUCAAAACACAACCAUGUGCUCGUCUUGAAUCUUGGAUUGAUCCAUCAGCAGUUAGCCCAUCAAAAGCACUAGAAAUAAUUGGUGCAUCAUUACAAAAACAAUAUGAACGUUGGCAACCACGUGCACGUUAUAAACACAGUUUAGAUCCAACAGUUGAAGAAGUUAAAAAAUUAUGUACAUCAUUACGUAGAAAUGCUAAAGAAGAACGUGUUUUAUUUCAUUAUAAUGGUCAUGGUGUACCAAAACCAACGAGUAAUGGUGAAAUAUGGGUAUUUAAUAGAACAUAUACACAAUACAUUCCAUUAUCUGUGUAUGAUUUACAAACAUGGAUGGGUGCACCAAGUAUAUAUGUUUAUGAUUGUUCAAAUGCUGGUAGUAUUGUUGAUUCAUUUAAACAAUUUGCUGAACAACAUGAAAAAGAAUAUGAAAAUGAAAAACAAAAUCGUACUAGUAAUGCUAAUAGUACAAAUAAUGUUGGACAACAAAAUGUUGGUGGUGUUGGAGGUGGUGGAGGUGUUGGUGGUAAUUGUAAUAUAACAAUGCCAUCAUAUAAAAAUUGUAUACAGCUAGCAGCAUGUGCUGCAAAUCAAAUAUUACCAAUGAAUCCAGAUUUACCAGCUGAUAUAUUUACAUCAUGUUUAACAACACCAAUUAAAAUAGCAUUACAUUGGUUUGUCAUGCAAAAUACAUCAAAAUUAGUACCAAAAAUAUCACUUGACUUAAUUGAUAAAAUACCUGGACAAUUAUCAGAUAGACGUACAAUGUUAGGUGAAUUAAAUUGGAUAUUUACAGCAAUAACAGAUACAAUUGCAUGGAAUACAUUACCACGUGAUUUAUUUCAAAAAUUAUUUAGACAAGAUUUAUUAGUUGCAAGUUUAUUUAGAAAUUUUUUACUUGCUGAAAGAAUAUUACGUUCAUAUGAUUGUACACCAGUAUCAUGUCCACGUUUACCAUCAACAUAUCAACAUCCAAUGUGGCAAGCAUGGGAUUUAGCACUUGAUUUAUGUUUAUCACAAUUAACAUUUGUAUUAAAUAAUGAUCAUGAAUUUAUACAUUUACCAUUUUAUGAAGAACAUUUAACAGCAUUUGAAGUAUGGUUAACACUUGGAUCAAAAACACGUAAUCCACCAGAACAAUUACCAAUUGUAUUACAAGUAUUAUUAAGUCAAGUACAUCGUUUACGUGCACUUGAAUUACUUGGUAAAUUUUUAGAUCUUGGUCCAUGGGCUGUUAAUUUAGCUCUUAGUGUUGGUAUAUUUCCAUAUGUAUUAAAAUUAUUACAAUCAAGUGCACGUGAAUUACGUCCAUUACUUGUAUUUAUAUGGGCUAAAAUACUUGCUGUUGAUAAUACAUGUCAAACUGAUUUAGUACGUGAUAAUGGACAUAAAUAUUUUUUAUCUGUGCUACAAGAUACAACAAUGGCUAGUGAACAUAGAACACUAGCAACAUUUGUACUUGCUUGUAUUGUUAAUAAUUAUACACUUGGACAAGAAGCAGCAUUACAAGGUAGUCUUGUAUCAAUAUGUCUUGAACAAUUAAAUGACAGUGAGCCAAUGUUACGUAUGUGGUUAUGUUUAUGUCUUGGUAGAUUAUGGAAUAAUUAUGAUAAAGCAAGAUGGUGUGGUGUACGUGAUAUUGCACAUGAAAAAUUAUCACAACUAUUAAAUGAUCCAAUACCAGAAGUACGUACAGCAUGUGUAUUUGCACUUGGUACAUUUAUAAAUAGUGUACAAAAACGUAGUGAACAUGCUAAUAAUAUUGAUCAAAUUAUUGCAAUGACAUUAAUUAAUACUGUAACACAUGAUAUGUCAUAUCUAGUCAGAAAAGAACUUGUUGUUGCUCUACAAUGGAUGGUAUUACAUUUUGAAAAUUCAUUUGUAACACUUGCUAUUGCUGAAGAAAAUUCAAGAAAAGAUCUUAUUGUUGAAACAUUAUCACCAUUUAGUGGAAUGAGACGUAUUAGUUCAAGAGAUAGAUUAAAAAUUGGUAAUAAUUAUACUGGUGGUAGUGAUACAUCAAGUGAUGCUGGAUCAGAUAGACUUAAAAGAGUUUCAUCAUCAUCAUCAAUAAGUAGUCUUGGUAAUAAUUGGGAGUUCGUGAGGAAACCUUGCGAGUCGCUUGGUCAUUCAUCAUUGGGAAAUUUACCAAGUUUAUCAUAUGGCAGUGUUUAUAUGAAAUUAUGGCAUGGUUUAUGUGUACUUGAUAAUGAUCCACAUCCAGGUGUUGCAAAUAUGUCACAAAAAAUAACAACACAUAUACGUAAUCAAAUAAAAGAUUAUACAAUACAAAAAGAAGUAAAUGAUACAAAAAUAUUAUCAUCAUUAUCAUUACCACCAUCACCAUCAAAUCGUACAAAUUAUUUAAAUAAUAAAAAUGAUUCACCAUCACCACCACAACCACCACAAACAACAGCAUCAACAUUACAUUCAACAGCUGCUGAUAUAUUACGUACAACACGUAUGUUACCACAAAUAAAUCGUGGCAGAAAACCAAUACCAAAUACAAUAACUGAAGAAGCUGAUGAAGCAGCAUGUAAUAAAACACCAUUAACAACAUCACAAUUUGUUGAUUGGAGCUGUGCACAAUUUGCACAACCAGUUAGUUUUGAUAAUGAUAAUAAUAAACAAAUGGAUGUUGAAAGUAGAUCACAUAAUGAACGUGAAUGGCGUUAUUUAAGAAAUAAAACAUUACGUAUUGAUGCUGCUGAAGAACAACUACGUUGUACAAAUAGUAAAAUUGAUUGUCAAGUAUUUCAUACACGUUGUCCACAACAACCAGAAGUUAUUAAAUUUCAUCCAUUUGAUACACAUAUUGCUGUUGCUGUGAAAGAUUAUUUUGCUAUAUGGGAUUGGAAUAGUGGUAAUAAAUUAACGUAUUAUCCAAGUCGUGGUAAUAAAUUAAAUACUAAAAUAACAACAAUACAAUAUAUUAAUUCACAUGAUAUUUCAUUAUUAAUGACUGGUAGUGAUGAUGGUUCAAUAAGAGUAUGGAAAAAUUAUUAUAAUACAUUUGGUAGAGAACCAAUGUUAUUAACUGCUUGGCAAGGUUUAUCAGAUUUACAGCCUGUAUCAAAAGCAUCAAUUGCAUCAGCUGGUCUUGUAACAUCUUGGGAACAAAAAACUCUGACACUUGCUGUUACUGGUGAUGUUAGAAUUGUUAGACUUUGGGAUGCUGAAACUGAACUUAGAAAACAAGAUUUACCAACUGGCGCUGAUUGUUGUUCUACCUGCUUGGAUACUGAUGGGACAGGAUCUUUGAUGGUAGUUGGUUGUGGUGACGGUUCAGUACGAUUAUUUGAUCGUAGAUUAGCACAAAAUGAAUCAAGAAUAAUGACAUGGCAUGAACAUAAUACUUUAGUACUUGAUGUAAAUUUACAAAAAAAUAAUUCAACACGCUUGAUAACUGGUUCAUCAAGUGGUGAUGUUAGAAUAUUUGAUUUACGUAAAAAUUCAUCCCUAAAUGUUAUUCAUACAACACCAGGAUUAUCAGCAUUUUGUGUUCAUCCAACAACAAAUAUUUUUGCAUGUGGAUCUAUUAAUCAAAGUGUAAAUGUAUACAAUACAACAUCAGGUCAACACAUGAAUACAAUUAAAUAUCAUGAAGGUUUUAUGGGCUCAAGAGUAUUACCAGUUGGAUGUUUAAGUUUUCAUCCAUUACGUGUUAUUCUUGCUGCUGGAUGUACUGAUAGUACAAUAACAGCAUACUCAAAUGAACGAAAUUAAUGAAAUUAAUUUAUCAAAUUUACCCACGGUACGUAAAAAUAUUAUGUAAAUUAAUUGAAAAACAAAAAAAACAAAUCUAAUUAUUAAUUCUUAUUAUUUAUGUUUAUAUUUAAAAUGCAUUUGUGAUUGUUUUCUUUAUCUCUUUGUUAUUUUCGAAAUAUUAAAAAUUUUUUCGAUUUCUCUGGGCUAGGGAUUUAUAUUAAAAAAAAAGAAUUAUGUCUUAAUUUUUAUUGUUUAUUUGUCGGUGAUUAUAAUUGUAAAUAUUUAUAUGAAAUUAAUUGAUCAUUUAAAAAAUGAUUAUUAAUAUUUUCUAUUUACGUUUUCAACUGUACAUUGUUAAUUUAAAAAAGAACAAAAAUUAUUAUUUAAUAAUAACGUAUUAAAUAGCUUUUCUUUUUUUCUGUCUUAGUCCAGGUAAUAAAUUUAAAACACAUGGUUUUAUGAUAAACGAUGACAUAAAUAAUAUAUAUAUAUUUUUUUUUCUAUGCAAAAAAUUAUUAAUUCACUUUUGUAAAUUGUCUCUUCAAGUAGUUUAUUAUAUUUUUGAAAUAUAACAUGAUAAUUUGUGUCGUUAAACUACAUUAUAAACUAGCUUGCAAAUAAUAAUAAAAAAAAAUAGUAAUAAUCUUAAAUGUAGAAAUAAGUAAAAAAAAAUAUAAUAACGUAAAAAAACAAUAAAAUUUUCUUAGAGUAUAAGAUAUGACUUUGAAAUAAAAAAAAAUGAAAAAAAAAAAAAAAUACUUUGGAUGAUUCAUGAGUCUUAUGUAGCCUCAUAGUUGUCCAAUUAUAAUAAAUAAAAAUUAUUUAUCAAGUCGAAAUCUUGAUAGCUUGUAUUAAAAAACCCCUAUAAUAAUUUUAUAAUUUUUUUCUAUAUACAUCUUACUUGAGCGUUGAAAAUAAAAACAAAUAUAAAAUGUAAUUUUUUUAUUUUUUGAUUAAAGCGAAAAUGAAAAAUAUAUCCCUCUAAACAAACUUGCCCCUGGCAUCUUGGUAAAUAAUCGUUGGAUGAUGAUGAAUAAAAAACAAAAAAAAAAAAAAAUUAAAUUAAAUUGCUAA